CUUCAAUCCCCAGCCCCCACCGCAGACCGUCUCCAUCCCGUGUUAUUCGCCCAAGAAUGACUUUCAUGAUUUCUCCUUGUCCGCAUUAUCGAUUGGUGCUCCUCGCGCUGCUUUAUUAAUCAAUUCACUGUGGUACUUAUUUCUGCGCCAAAGGACUUCCCCCAGCCACGAUGCCGGGUGAAAUCGUUGACCCAGGCGAUGCCACCGAACGGAGCCCGCUCCUCGGCGGUGACCCGAACGGCGGUACGUGCCAAGACCCAGAGGCGGCAUCCCCCGGGGCCUACGCCGCCUCAGAUCCGGACCUGCUGGACGAUGGCGGCGCUCUCGAGCGGGUGGUCAGCACGGCCGAGGACACCGGCCUCCCGGGCCCCGCCAUCGGAGGCGGUGGCGGAGGUGGAGCCGGCGCCGAGGGUGGUGCCGAGUCACGGGCCGCCGCCGCCGCCAUGCAUGGUCUCAACAUGAAGGUCCUGAUCCCCGCCAUCGGCAUCGGCGUCUACCUGUGCGCCCUGGACCAACUCCUGGCCGUCGCCACCUACGCCAGGAUUGGUAGCGACCUCGAGGCCCUCAACAGCACCAGCUGGAUCGCCACCGCCUACUUCCUGACCCUCACGAGCUUCCAGCCCCUGUACGGCAAGCUCUCCGACAUCUUUGGCCGCAAGGAGUGCCUGCUCUUCUCGUACCUCGUCUUCGGCCUGGGCUGCCUGGGCUGCGGGCUGGCCCAGGACAUGAACCAGAUGAUCAUCGCCAGGGCCAUCGGAGGCAUCGGUGGCGGUGGCAUGAACAGCGUCGUCAGCAUCCUGCUCACCGACCUGGUCCCCCUCCGGGAGCGAGGCCUCUGGCAGGGCUACAUCAACAUCAUAUUUGCACUUGGCACCUCGACCGGUGCGCCCUUGGGCGGGCUGCUUGCAGAUUCCGUCGGUUGGAGGUGGUCCUUCAUCGGACAGACUCCCAUAUGCCUCGUGGCCUUUAUUGCCGUCUACGUCGUCCUGAAGCUCCCGAGGGUGGACCAUUCGCACUGGCGGGAGAAGCUCGCCAAGGUCGACUUCCUCGGCGCCGCCUGCCUCAUCGCCGCCGUCUUCUGCCUGCUGCUGGCGCUCGACAGCGGUCCCAAUCAAGGCUGGGGCGAGACCUCCACCGUGGCUGCGCUUGCUGCCACCCCCGUCCUGUUUGCAGCAUUCAUCUUGGUCGAGGUCAGGGUUGCCUCUCAUCCUUUUGCUCCUGGCCACAUCAUCUUUGAUCGAUCUCUUUUUGCGUGCUACGCCUGUAACUUUUUCGGGAGCGCGGGACAGAUGGCGGUGUGGUUCUUCCUGCCGCUACUAUACCAAACCUACUUCAGCAUGACUGCCGUCCAGGCCGGGAUUCAGUUCAUCCCGGGCUCCAUAUCGGGCGUGUGCGGCUCCCUCGGCGCAGGCUUCCUCAUCAAGAGGACGGGGCGGUACUACUGGCUGACUGUGGCGUCGCACGCCGUGAUGCUGUCCAGCUGCAUAACCCUGGUUCUAUUCUCGGGCCUGCUGACGGAUUCAAAGGCCGGCACGACCGUCGGCCUGUCGCUGAUGUCGUUUGGUGUAGGCGCUGCCCUCACCACAACCCUGGUCGCGCUCAUCUCAAACGCGGCCCAAGGGGACACGGCCGUGGUGAUCGCCUGCUCGUACCUGUUUCGAUCCCUCGGCUCCGCCAUCGGCGUGAGCCUCAUGUCGGCCCUCCUGCAGCAGGUCCUCCGCAUGCAGCUGGCCGCCAGGCUCGGCGACGGCGACGAGGCCGCGCGGAUCGGGGAGCGCGUCCGGGAGAGCCUCGACUUCAUCAAGGAGCUCGGGCCGGAGCUCGCCGCCAUAGUCCGCGACUGCUACCGGAUCGCCGUCUCGGCCGUGUUUGGCGGGAACGCUGUCCCGGUCGGGCUGGCCUUUGCCGCAGCCUUUUACAUUCGCGAGAAGAGGAUGGCCAAGUAAUGGAUCCAGUGUUGAAGUAUGGGGGAAGUACACAGCUUGAGGAUUCGAGGUGUUCGCACUCACGGAAUAGCGCAUUGUACUCUGAAAGUAAUUAUUUGACACCGUCUAGCCACGCGAGGGAUGCUACAAAGUCUCGGAAUGUGCAAUGGGAAAUGCGUCUUUUUUAAGACUAUUUGUGGGAUCUAGGAAGGGGUACAGCCCUUCUGUGAACAGUCAAUGCUUGAGUGGAAGCAGUCGUUAC